AUGGUAUUCGCACGUCGUUCUCUUCGUGGUGUCGCUACGGCCGCCAGGUCUUUCCGUGCCUCUCCUGUUACCCGUCGUUCGGGACAGGUACUCGGACGUCGCUUUUACGCCAGUGGGAAAGGCUAUGAGGAGCACGCCUCCAGUGAUCUGCCCUGGUUGGUCGCUUCUUUGGGUGUUACUGUUCCCAUGAUUUACUUCCUGCUUCCUACUGGCUCUGCGAAGGACUCGCAUGGCCACGGCCAUGGCCACGAUGAUCACGGCGAUGAACAUAAGGAGGAUGCGGAGAAGGAAUCUCCUGCCCCGGAUGCUGAAUCGGAGGAGGCUGGUACAUCAACAGAGACCCAGUCUGCUCCUACUGAGUCUGAGGACGAGCCCGCCGACGAAUCCAAACAACCUGAAGAGUCUGACGCUGCCCCUGCCUCCACCGAGGAAAACAAGAAGGCGGAAUCAGAGAAUCAGACCCAAGAAUCUUCCGAGGAGUCGCAGAAAGAAGAUAACCAGAAGCCAAAUGAGAGCUCGGAGUCCGGAAAUGAUGAGGUUAGUAAAUAA